AUGUCAAUAAAGCCACUUUUAUUAAUAAAUAGAGAACAUAAGAGGUGGAUAGGAUUCGAAGCAUUCGCUUAAACUAUGAAAACAAAUAACAUAAAAAUUAAAAAUGAUGAUGAUGACUUCCAAUUUUCAGACGAUGAUGGCUAAUCUUUAGAAAUUGAUAGCAUAGAUAUGCUAGAUUUAGAUCCAAUGCCUGACCCUAAACUGAUUAGCUUAGACUUUAUUCCAAAAGUAGAAUUUUUGGUAGAAGAUUUCAAGGAAAGAAGAAAGAGAAAAAUGACUAGCUUAUCUGAAGCUGAGUAGCAUGUGAUAUAGUUAAAUUCUUUAGAUUUUCAUAAAUUCCUGAAUAAAACUUAGCACUAACAACUUGAAAAAUGGGAGCAUAUUGAUAAGUCAAAAGCAUUAGGCUACAAUUCAAAUGAUGCCCAAAGAUCUUAUUUCACUUCAUAACAUAAAGAUCCUAUUUACCUUAACUAUCAAGAUCUAUAAAGUUUCAUCACAGAUUUUCAUUAGGAAUAGAAGCAACUAUCUUUUAAUAGUAAAUUUGCUUAGUAUAUUGAAGAUAAAGCCAUGCAAAUAUAUAAUGAAUAAAACAAUCAAAACAAAAGCUACUAUUAAAGAAAAUAGACAAGAAGUAAUUCAUAGAGAGGAUUAACUUUCCCUAUGAGAAAAUCUGAUCCGCCUCCAGAUAGCAAAAAUCUUAAUGGUAAAAAGUCUAUUUUAACAAUCUAAAAGGGAAGUGCCCUUCUUUCUAUUAGACGUAGAGGAACUGUCUAAGUGCCAGCUCUGUUAAGACCAAUUCAUCAUGAAAAGAUAGUUGAUUAAUCAAUUGUCAAGGAUUAUGUGGCUAAGAUGCCAGAAUGCAUAAAAGAAAAUAAACUUAAUGUCGAUGAACGAGUUUUUAGUAGAUAUCAAUAGUUAUUCAUGAAGAGUAAAAAGUAACUUGAAAUAGGUAUUCUCAAGGAAAAUAAAGAGCAAGAGAUCCUGAAUAAGAUAGCUUCCUUAUGCGAGGAAUAAGAAGAGGAUAGAUUGAGAAUAAGGAAUAAAAAGCAAUUUCAAUAGGUAAUGGGAUAGUAUAGAUUUUAUAGUAAAGUUACCAAAAACAAAUAUAAGAGAAGGUUUGGUAUUUUAGUAAAAGAUUAUCAGGAUUUUAAGGAUAAUUAUUUGGGUUUUUUACAAAAUGGAAAUAAAAACAGAAAAUCCAAAUCAUUAUAAUUUAGAAUGUUUUGA